UUUUAAUAAUUAAAAAAAUUUCUUUGCCCAAAAAAUAAUUAUUUACGGAAAAUUGCAUAAUACACUUAUUUAUUGAAGGCGAAAAUAAAUAAUUUUCCGACUUCCCAGCAAUUCGAAAACAAUGACGGUGUCCUAUCAGGCUCAAGUGGCGACUAGCAAUUUCAAUUGCUUCCUCAAGCUGUUGGCUCGUUGGCGUGGCAGCAUUUAUAAAAUUAUUUGGAAAGAUUUGGCCGCUUUCCUGGUAUUGUAUUACUCGUUGAGCAUAAUGUAUCGUUUUGUAAUGGGACCAAACCAACAGCGGCUCUUUGAGCUCCUCGUCCAUUACUGCCACAGCUCGAGCACACUCAUACCUCUCUCGUUUGUGCUCGGCUUUUACAUUGCAGUCGUCAUGCAGCGCUGGUGGACGCAAUACAUAACUGUGCCUUGGCCUGAUCCGCUUGCUGUGUAUGUUAGUACGCUCUUCGUGGGUCAGGAUGAGCGUGGUCGUAUAAUGCGUCGUACUGUAAUGCGCUAUGUCUGUCUCUGUCUUACCAUGAUUUUCACAAUGGUUGCGCCAAGCGUUAAGAAACGUUUUCCCACAAUGGAUUCCCUGGUGGAUGCUGGUCUACUAACCGAAAAUGAGAAGGACGUUCUCAUUGCGAUGGAUGAAAAAUCGCCGAAACAUCGUAAACACUGGGUACCACUCGUCUGGGCUGCUAGUAUUGUUUCGCGUGCUCGAAAAGAGGGCCGCAUACGCGAUGAUGUUGCGCUGAAAACGAUUUUCGAUCAAUUAGAUACGUUUCGUAACAAAUGUGCCGUUAUAUUGCAUUUCGAUUCGGUGCCAAUACCGUUGGUUUACACGCAAGUCGUAACAUUGGCAGUGUACUCGUACUUUUUGGCAGCACUCAUCGGUCAACAGUGGGUGCCCAAAGAGGUCGAUCCAGAUGGACACUACGAUUGGGUGGACUAUUAUUUGCCCAUCUUUACAACGCUGCAGUUCUUCUUCUACAUGGGUUGGCUCAAAGUGGCGGAGUCGCUAUUGAACCCGUUCGGCGAUGACGAUGAUGACUUUGAAGUUAACUGGAUGAUUGAUCGCAAUUUGCAAGUUUCCUACUUUAUUGUCGAUGAGAUGCACCACGAGCAUCCCGAAUUGGUGAAGGAUCAGUAUUGGGAUGAGGUUUUGCCUGGCGGCUUGCCAUAUCCGGACGACUUUCAUAAAGCCACAGCUGACUACACCGAUGCUGGCAAGUCCGAUGGUGCAGCACAUUUUGUUUGGAAGCGCCGUGACAACAUGGCUAUUAACUCCAGUCUACAUAGCAGUCUUUCACGCAUCAACGCGGUUUUGAAACGCCUACGAAGCAAAGAUAAUACCCAAACUACAACUAGUCGUGUACAUCUCUCCACGAGCUCAGCCUCGCUUGAAGAACACCAGCCAUAUUCCACUUCCGAGCACGAAAGAUAUGUUGCAACUAACAAAUUCUCGGCCGCUGCACGCUUGGCUUGGUUAACCGAUGAUGAGGGCACGGGUGUUGAGUCGCGCAGCUCACGCAUGAAGGUCGAUCAAUUGCGCUCCCUCUCCAGUACGGCUAAAUCAAUUAAAUACGAAGAUGAAAUGGAUGAACAUGAAAAGGAUGAUUUCGAUUUGUUGCGUGAGGAGCGUGAACGACAGCGUCAAGAGCGCCAACGGCAACGUAUUAUGCAAAAUGUUUACAAUGCUACUAGUGCUACGGCAGACCUUUUGCCUGCAUUGAUAGCUUCAGGUUUGAAUUUAACAUCGCCUCCAACAGUAACAUUUGCACCACAACAGCGCUCCAGUGAGCAUCGCAGUGGCACGCCGAGUGCGAAGAGUAGCAGCAGCGCUACGGGUAGUAAGCCUGACGAUAAGGCGGAGGCUGAGGAAAGCAAGAAACCGCAAGAAGAUGAUAAGCAGGGGAAAUAAGCAAGUGGUUUCUUCGAGAAUUUAUUUGCUACAAGUAAUCGCUUUUUAUCUUGAGUAAAAAUGAUUAUAUCGAGUUACAUGCUUUAUUCUUGUUUUUCGAAAUAUUUUCAAAUGUCUUUCUUUCGGGUGGGUGGACAUAUGAUGACGCUAAAACUGAGAGGAUAACACCAACAGUGCAGGAGAGAGUAACAGCGCCAUCUGCUGUCGUCUGUAAGUGAUCAUUCUCGUGGUAUCAGGAUUACCAACAUUCGUGCUGCCAAGUGGACAGUCUUGGGCUGAAACCAGUGCCAGACUAAUGUCAAAAACAACAUUAAUUAAAUUUUUUAGUUGACAAAAGACAUCUAAUGGAACCCUUCAUGAAUUAUUUAUAAAAAAACUGUUUCAAAAAUAUUUUUCUGAUUGGAUUAUUUGUUGGCAUAAGGGAAGCUUUUUUCUGAAGAAGUGUCUAUAUUGAAUACGAAACAAUAAA